AUCGAAACGUUCGAACAGGACAGCAACAUGAGUACCGUUGAGAAGUUAAUGAAAGAAGUCGCGCCGAUCAGCGAAAACCCUGUCGCCAAGGUGACGAUCGUCGGAGUUGGACAAGUGGGAAUGGCUUGCGCCUUCAGUAUCUUGACAUCGCAAAUAGCAAGCGAGAUAGCUUUGGUCGAUGUUGACCAGCAUAAGCUCAGGGGAGAAAUGAUGGAUUUGCAGCAAGGCAUGGCUUUCACGCGAUCCUGUAAAAUUAAAGCAGAUACAGAUUACGCCGUCACUGCAAAUUCGAAAAUUUGUGUAGUCACUGCUGGUGCUCGCCAGAGACCGGACGAAACUCGAUUAAGUUUGGUACAUCGUAACGUGGAAAUAUUCAAAAGUACAUAUGAUGUUUGGUAAUU